UUGGAAAGGAAAACUCUCUUUAUCUUCAAAACCCCCCAAAUCAAUUCCGAAUAAAAAUUAGGUUUUUCUCUUCGUCUUUCAUUUUCUUAUUCUUCACCAAACCGAUAAGCAGGUGAGACUAAUCCAUCAUCCAAACCUUUCCGAUCCAAUGACCUCUAAACUAAUUGCUUCCAAUCUCCGUCACCAAAUCACAAAAUCAGCUCAAAACCUUCGCCGCCAGCUUCUUUCCACGGCGGCGGCGGUGGCGGUGCCUGAACACGAUGGGAACAACUCCAACUCGUCGGGAAUGACGAUGAAGGGCGUUCGAAUCUCCGGAAGACCCCUUUACCUGGACGUGCAGGCAACAUCUCCGGUGGACCCGCGCGUGCUCGACGCGAUGCUCCCUUUCUACCUCUCUCGCUACGGAAACCCUCACUCCCGCACCCACUUCUACGGCUGGGAAUCCGACGAGGCCGUGGAACACGCGCGCGCUCAGGUAGCGUCCCUCAUCGGCGCGUCCCCCAAGGAGAUAGUCUUCACCUCCGGCGCCACCGAGUCCAAUAACAUCUCCGUCAAGGGCGUCAUGCAUUUCUACAAGGACAAGAAGCGCCACGUCAUAACCACGCAAACGGAGCACAAGUGCGUCCUCGAUUCCUGCCGCCACCUCCAGCAGGAGGGUUUCGAUGUCACUUAUCUUCCCGUUGAGUCCGACGGGUUGAUUGAUUUGGAUGAGCUUCGGGCUGCGAUUAGGCCUGACACCGGGCUCGUUUCGGUUAUGGCGGUGAACAAUGAAAUUGGAGUGGUUCAGCCCAUGGAGGAAAUUGGGAGGAUUUGCAAGGAGUUUAAUGUGCCUUUCCACACUGAUGCAGCUCAGGCUUUGGGGAAGAUUCCCAUUGAUGUGGAGAGGUGGAAUGUGAGUUUGAUGUCGUUGAGUGGCCAUAAGAUUUAUGGGCCGAAGGGGGUUGGGGCUUUGUAUAUGCGUCGGAGGCCCAGGAUUAGGGUUGAGCCUCAGAUGAAUGGUGGUGGGCAGGAGAGGGGGAUUAGGAGUGGGACUGUUCCAACUCCUUUGGUUGUUGGGAUGGGUGCGGCGUGUGAGGUGGCGAAGGACGAGAUGGAGUAUGAUGAGAAGAGGAUUUCUGCUUUGCAGCAGAGACUGCUUAAUGGGAUUAGAGAGAAGCUUGAUGGGGUGGUGGUGAAUGGGAGCUUGGAGAGGCGCUAUGUGGGGAAUUUGAAUUUGUCGUUUGCUUACGUUGAAGGGGAGAGUCUGCUUAUGGGGUUGAAGGAGGUGGCUGUGUCCAGUGGCAGUGCCUGCACUAGUGCUAGUUUGGAGCCUUCUUAUGUGUUGAGGGCGUUGGGAGUUGAAGAGGACAUGGCUCACACUUCUAUUAGGUUUGGAAUUGGUAGGUUCACUACCGAGGCUGAGAUUGAUAGGGCGGUUGAACUCACUGUUCAACAGGUGGAGAAGUUGAGGGAAAUGAGUCCGCUUUAUGAAAUGGUCAAGGAAGGUAUCAACAUCAAGGACAUUCAAUGGGCACAGCACUGAUUAUUAUCAAGCUCUCAGAUUGCAAUGCAAGUGAUGGGGAAGCAAUUGUGAUUGAACUCCAGACGUAGCUGCCACUCUUGCAAUUGCGGUUUCUUAGAACUUGCUGAUUAUUUAGUAAUUUGUAUGUUGAGGUUACAUUACAAUUAAAAAUUUACCCUGGCAGAGCUAUUUAUUAGCUGAAUCUCUCCCACACUUCUUCCUAUUUUUCCCCUUCCUGUGCUGAAGGAAUGGCGGUUUUAAGUUUUGCUCUAUCUCUGUUCUUGAUCAGGGAGAGGGGGAUCUGGCGCAGGUACCAUGUUUUUGUUUUGCUUUUUUGGUUUUUUGUGCUAUGCUAUUGAACUCGUUCCGCUUUGAGGCACAGGCCUCUUUCACGAUGUCUAGCUUUGCACUGGAAAUUGCGACUAGUUACUGAACAUAUAGAAAGGAAUAAACCUUAUUCUCUGUAACUUGGGUAUAUUAUUCUCUAAACUUAUCUUGCCAAUUUUCUUUC